AUGGCUGGGGGCGAUGAGAAGCGGCAAGAAUAUCUGCGAUACCUGUGGAUCGACUCGCUGUGCAUCGUGCAAGAUUCAAAGCGCGACUGGGAGGAGCAGUACGCGCAGAUAUCUCGCAUCUACCAAGGCGCUCUCGUCGCCAUCGCCGCCGCCGCGGCCCCCGACUGCGGCGCCGGGUUCCUGCGUCCGCGAGCCCAACCCCUCCUCCCGGACCCGGCCGUCGAGAUCGCGCCGGGCGGCUUCGCCACCACAUGCACCGCGUCCCGAUGCCCUUGGACAGACUCGUCGAUCUACCAGAAACUCCCCUACUAA